UUGUCCCAGCAGUUGGACAGUCUACUGGGCAUGCUCUGUGCUGAUGUGGCUCCAGCUGACGGAGCUUCCAUUCAACAAAACCUCAAACUGUUGGAGGAGAAGCUGCAGACUGUCGAGGCCGGUCUUGCUUCUCUGCGUCAGAAGGGGGGGCUGUUGAUGGAGCAGAUGUGCGGCCAGCAGUCGUGGCCUCUGGAGGAGACGGAGAGUCCGGCUGGAGAACAGCAGGACAACGUUCAGCACAUCCAGGCUGUGAUGGAGGAGAUGCAGCUCCGCAAGCAGAGGUGUGAGGACAUGGUGGACGUGAGGGGGCUGAAGAUGCUACAGAUGGUCCAACUGUUCAAAUGUGAAGAAGACGCUUUACAG